AUGGUGAGGCCACCUCUGCCUACCACUGGGGCACCCAACUACGGCCCGCCCUCGGGCAACCAUCUUGCCGUAGCCAUCGCUCCCCAGGAGGCAGGGUGGAUCGACGAGAUCCGAGACUACCUCAAGGGAGGCCUCCCUCUAGAGGACGAAGACGCAGCGGCAAAAAACAUGGUACGACGCGCCAAGAACUACUGCCUCAUCGACGGGGAGCUCUACUGCAGGCGCCCCAACGGGGUCGCCCUGCGCUGCAUCCCCCUCGAGGAGGGCAAGAAGCUCAUCCAUGACAUUCAUGCUGGAGAGUGUAGCCACCACACCUCCACGCGAACUCUUGCAAGGAAGGCGUUCCGCAACGACUUCUACUGGCCCACGGCCCUCGAUGAUGCCAUCAAGUCCUGCAAAGCAUGCCAGAUCCACGCCAAGCAGAUUCAUCAACCGGCGCAAGGGCUUCAAACCAUUCCACUCUCAUGGCCGUUUGCGGUCUGGGGGCUAGACAUCCUUGGGCCGUUCCCACGAGUGCUCGGCCGCUACCAGUUCCUCUUCUUCACCGUCGACAAGUUCACUAAGUUGGUGGAGGUGGAAGCUGUGCGGUCUAUCCCUGCCAGAGCCGCGGUGAAUUUCAUCAAGGGAUUGGUUUGCCGCUUCGGCGUCCCCAACCGCAUCAUCACGGACAACGGCAACCAAUUCACCAAUGGGCUCUUCAAGUCCUAUUGUGCUGACAUUCGCACCGAGAUAUGCUACGCCACCGUCGCACACCCUCGAAGCAACGACCAAGCUGAGCGUGCCAACGCCGAGGUCCUGAAGGGGAUUAAGACAAGGAGCUUCCAGAAGAAGCUGAAGGCAUGUGGAAAAUGGUGGCUGGAAGCCCUCGAAGGUGUGCUUUGGUCAAUCCGCACCACGACAACUAAGCCUACUGGGGAGACUCCUUUCUUCCUCAUCUAUGGUGUUGAAGCGGUCAUACCCGCCGAGCUCAAGCACGGCUCUCCAAGAGUCCUCGCCUUCAACGAGACUCAACAAGACGAGCUACGACAUGACAACCUCACUCUCCUGGAGGAGGCUCGACACCGGGUCGUCAUCAACGCGGCCCGGUACCAGCAAGCUCUGCGUCGCUACCACAGCCGCAACAUUCGCGUCCGCACGCUCGAGGUAGGUGAUCUUGUGUUGCGGCGCGUACUCUCUCGAGAAGGCCUCCACAAACUCUCGCCGAUGUGGGAAGGCCCAUUCAGGGUCGUUCAUGUCUCAAGGACGGGAGCAGUGCGCCUUGAGAAUGAAGACGGAGAUAUGCUGCGAAACGCCUGGAACAUCCAACAUCUUUGA